GCCCCGUCGGCGAGCGGCGGGCGCGGGGAGCCUGGCGGCGGCAAGAGCUGCGGAGCGCGCCAUGCUGCCCGCCGCCCUGCGCCGCUGGCUCCGCCGGCCCAAGCGCUCCGACCCCCGCCUGCUCUCCCAGUUCUUCUUUGCCGAUGAGAGGGUAACGCGGGUGGUGGCUGAGAUCAACGGGCUGGAUGCGGAGCUGGACCCGCAGCAGUACCUGGUGCUCCUGAACCAGCUCCACCUCAGCCAGGCUCACCUGCUGUCCGUGCUGGAGCGGAUCAUGCAGGAGUGCAUCCCCACGCAGCGGCACAGCCGUGACUACCUGGUCAAGUUCCCCGAGGAGCUCUUGGUGGACAACCUGGGGAACCACAUGCUCUUUGCUGCUGAGCAGUGUCUCCUGGCUGGCACCUUCCUGGAGGUGGAGGAGGCAGACGGGGCCCACCUGCGGCCCCAGGCCAGGAACCUGCUGUGCAGCCUGGAGCUGGUGCGAGCAGUGCUGCGGGAGCAGAGCCUGAGCCAGCCUGGCUCCUACCCCGAGCCCGUCCGCGCUGUGCUCGUGCAGUUCGACCGGCUCUUCGCAGAGUUCGAGUUGAGUUACGUGUCCUCACUGGUGGUGGUGAAGUCACCUGAAGAGAUCUACAGGCAGCAAGAGAUCAUUGUGCUCUUCUGUGAGACAGUGGAGAGAGCCCUACACCUGGGUUAUCUGACCCAGGAGAUGAUUGACGGCUAUGAACCGCUGCUGAUGUUCACCAUUCCUCGCCUGGCCAUUAUCAGUGGUCUCCUCAUCUACCCCGAUGGUCCUCUCAGCCUGGAGCAGAGCCCUGAGCAGAUGUCUCGGGUCUUCAGCCCCUUCUAUAACCUCCUGAAGAAGAUCAGGGACCUGCUGCGGGUGCUGUCGGUGGAGGAGCUCUGCCUGCUGGAGAGGAGCCUGUGCACAGCCGAGCAGGAAGAUCCCUGCAGUCCGGCCACCCCCUCAGCUUGGGGGGCAGCCGUGCUCCGAGCAGACCCUCCUGCUCCCUGGGGUCUCCUGGAUGUCCCCAGUGCCACCCCAUCACCCCCUGCCUGCACGACGUGGCUGGAACCCCCUGGUGCAGGGAACAACCCGGGCACUGACUGGUGGGGAGGCCCCCAGCCCGCAGGGACGGGGCUCAGUGCCACCCCGGGUCCCCACUGCUCAGAGCUGCGCUCCCGCUACAGCAGCACCAAGGACAUGCUGCACACCCUCUUCGUCUGUAUCUCGGGGGUGGCCGAUCAGCUCCAGACCAACUUUGCCAGCGACCUGCGGAGCAUCUUGAAAACAGUCUUCAAGAUCGUGGCCUCGCAGGCAGAGCCCUCGGAGGAGCCAAGUGCCAGCCAGAAAGAGGACAGUGACCUGUGUGCAGCAGAUGCUCCUCACGUGGCCGAUUGUCCCCUGUGCUCCAGCCCCACGGAAGCUGCUGGUCUCCAGAGGGCAGGCACCCACCACCGGCCUGAGUGGGUACCGGACAGCACGUGCAGCCAGUGCUCUGCCUGCCGCUCGCCCUUCACCCUGCUGCGCCGCCGGCACCACUGCCGCAGCUGCGGGAAGAUCUUCUGUGCCCGCUGCUCGCCACACACCGCUGCGCUACCACACUAUGGCCAGCCCAAACCCGUGCGUGUGUGCACACACUGCUACACCGCGCACCUCGUGCCUGCGCCCCGGAGCCAGUGAGACCCCCCCCUGACCAGAUCUGCAUCCGCAGGACGAUGCAGACGGGGAGAAAGCGCUGCUCCGGGGCUGCUGGGCAGCUGCGAGACCGCACAACUGCCCCGUGGGCAUGGCGGCAGGAGCCCCAGUGCACGGCAGCGGGACCCCAGGCAGGGGUGGGCGCAGGCCCGCCUCACCCCAGGCACCGCGGCCACCGCCAAGCGCCUGUCCCCGGCUGGAAACGUGCUUCGUGGUGGUGUGUUUUUUUACAGGUGAACUUUGGCUGCUGCUGGGCCCGGGGCAGAGCCUCCCCCACCCCGGGGCCAGGCCUGAGACGGCGCAAACAACCCUCACAUGACAGCGGGUGCCCCGGGGCCGGGCCGGGCUGUACGGGACCGUGCCAGGCCGUGCUGUGACGGAGGCUGGCCCUCGCCCACGGGUUCGGGCGCUCCCCUUCCUCUCCCCACCGCCUCUGCCUGAUGGGUUUAAUAAAGA